AUGUCUCCUCUUAGAGGUUACAUCACAUCAUAUCCGCCGCGCGUGCGCCAAUAUGGGAACGCGUUGCUCACACCCGUUUACCCAGUGCAGACUGGCCCAACGCCGCGCACGACGAAACGUGGUACCACAGCUAUUAAUUAUGCUGAAGAUGGCUAUGAAGAUGAGGAUUUCGAUGAGAGUGAUAACCCUCGACGUCCGACAGGUCUGAGGAGCCUGCGACGCGAGGAAUCAUCGGGUGGUUUGGUGCCCUUGUCCGAGAAGCUGGGCAAAGAAGCGCAUGCGCCAGUGGAAGUGCAAGGAGUGUUCCGUGAAUGGAUGAUCAAAAGAAUGCUUCGGCCAGCGUGUGCAGACCAGCUACAAAUUCAAGCACAGCUUCCAUUGACACUUGUCCCAAUUCGAAUCGACAUUGAAGUCCCUGCUCAUCAACCUCUAGAGCCCUUCCCUCUGCCCCGUGGGGUCCUAGAUCCCAGUAUCAACCCAACUCUCCCCGCCUACCGGAGACCCGAGCCGUUACCACCCUUCAGAAUCAAGGACACAUUCCUUUGGAAUCUCCACGAAGCUCUCGCUACUCCAGAAGAAUUUGCCAUUGGGUUUGUCCGCGACCUUGACCUCCCUAAUCCCCAGGCGACAGCGAUGACGAUUAGCAAUCAAGUCCGGCAACAGUUGGAGGAAUUCGCAGGUGUUGCAUUGCACCCGUUGUUCUCAGCCACUCAACUAGCCCCUGCCCCCGCCUCUACCGCAGCUCCGCAGAUUGAAGCCUCACGAGACCCGUCCAUGACACCUGCCGUCACCACCGUCGGGACCCCAGAUAGCAAGCCCAACGGAGCUGCUGUCACAGCGACAGCGACAAAAGACGCGCUUGUCAAUGAUAGUCUCUUGAAUCCGGAUGAUGCGUAUAGGUGUCUGAUCAGCCUUAAUAUCAAUCUGCAAAACAAGCUCUACACGGACAAGUUUGAAUGGUCUCUUCUUCAUCCUCCCGGCAUGGCCGAGGAAUUUGCGAAAAUCACCUGCGCAGAUCUGCAUCUUGGAGGUGAAUGGGUCAGCGCGAUUUCUCAUGGUAUCUAUGAAGCUGCUUUGAAACUCAAAAAGGAAGUCUGCGAGAGCGGCGGCCUUAUGAGUGGAAUCAAUGGCUAUGGUAAUGAGAUUGAUAACCAAGCAGCAAAUGGAGUCGAGGCUGGUUGGCGUUAUGAUCCUGAGACUCUGGGUGAUGAGUGGGAGCCCAAGGUUGAAACUUUGUCAAAGGAAGAGAUCGAGAGACGAGAAGGCGAUCGCGAGCGACAGAUUAGACGUCUCCGUCGAGAAACUGCCCGAUUCUCUUCGACUGCUGGUAUCACACCAGAGAUUUCUCGACAAAGCAGCGGGUACUUUGAGGUUGACAGUGAAACACCAUUGGGACGAGGCGAGCGAAAUAAGCGAAAGCGUCGGUUCCGCAGUCUCAGUCCAUCCGGCAGAGGAGGAACUCCUGGUGGACGUGGCACUCCAGACACGAGCUCUGGUGCUGGAUACGGCGGCGGUGGUGGUACACUCUCCGAAUGGUAUGUUGCCAAUUAUGGUCCUUGGGCAACUCUAUUGCUGAUCUUAUCAUUACAGGGAGCGGCAAAAUUGGAGGUGCAGCAACUGUAUGGUAUGGGGCACAGCAGUUUGGGCAGUCCGAGAUGGACCAGACGGUCCUAG